AUGGACUCACUGAUGGAUGGGAAUCACACUGCAGUGACCGAAUUCAUUUUAUUGGGCUUAACAGAUGAUCCAAUCCUUCGAGUCAUCCUCUUCAUGAUCAUCCUGUGCAUCUACCUGGUCACUGUAUCUGGUAAUCUCAGCACAAUCAUUCUUAUCAGACUCUCCUCUCAGCUCCACCAUCCCAUGUACCUUUUUCUGAGCCACUUGGCUUUUGCGGACAUAGGCUAUUCAUCAUCUGUCACACCUAAUAUGCUGGUAAACUUCCUGGUGGAGAUGAACACAAUCUCCUACCUUGGAUGUGCCAUUCAGCUUGGUUCUGUUGUUUUCUUUGGAUCAAGUGAGUGCUUUCUUCUGGCUGCCAUGGCAUAUGAUCGCUUUGUGGCAAUCUGUAACCCACUGCUUUACUCAACCAAAAUGUCCACAAGAGUCUGUGUUCUUUUACUUCUAGUUGCUUACACAGGUGGUUUUCUUAACACUUGCUCUUUCACUCUUUGCUUCUAUUCUUUACUUUUCUGUGGACCAAAUCAGGUCAAUCAUUUUUUCUGUGAUUUUGCUCCUCUAGUUGAGCUCUCCUGUUCUGAUGUCAGUGUCCCUGCAGUUGUUCCCUCAUUUUCAGCUGGCUCCAUCAUUGUGGUCACAGUGAUUGUCAUAGCCGUUUCCUACAUCUACAUCCUCAUCACCAUCCUGAAGAUGCGCUCCACUGAGGGGCACCGCAAAGCCUUCUCCACCUGCACCUCGCACCUCACUGCAGUCACCCUGUUCUAUGGGACCAUUACCUUCAUUUAUGUGAUGCCCAAGUCCAGCUACUCCACUGACCAGAACAAGGUGGUGUCUGUGUUCUACAUGGUUGUGAUCCCCAUGUUGAACCCCCUCAUCUACAGCCUCAGGAACAAGGAAAUCAAAGAGGCUUUGAAGAGAGAGCUUGGUAGAAAAUAUUCUAUUAGUGACAUUUGUUAUUUUGUAAGAUGA